AAAAUCAUGUUUAUUUUUCAGCAUUCAAAGUAAUAUCAAUCAAACUGCAGUUGGGUUGUUUUGAUUAAAUAAUAACUCAAAAUACAGUUAACUAACCCAAUAAAACAUAACACAAUAAAAAAAACGCUCCGGUUACUAUCGUAACCUCGGUUCCCUGAGAUAAGGGAACGAGCGUUGCGUGAAAUGCUAUGGGGAAAACUCCUGUUUUACUCCGUACUGAAGCCUGAUUUGUUCAUGUUUGUGUAGCUGCACAAACCACUGGUGCUUUAGCUCACCAGAAAGGGCAGAGGCGACCACUAUAUAAGUUGGUUUGUAGUGCCAUUCAUCAGAUCAUUCGACUAAAGUGACAGUCAUUGAUUCAAAUGCAGCUUAUAGCACGGCAAGUGACGCAACGCUUGUUCCCUUAUCUCAGGAAACUAAGCUUAUGAUAGUAACCGGAGCGUUCCCUUUCGAACGGUCUCUCCUGUUGCGAGAAACAGUAUAGGAAACACAUCCAAUCACGCUGCGCAAUGUGCAGAUGAAGAACUAUCCACUCUGCAAGCCUAGUCUUUGUGACAUGCUCCGCCCUUUCUGGCGGGCUAAAGUGCCUUUGGUUUUGCAGCAACACAAACGUGAACAAAUCAGGCCUCAGUACAAAGUAAAACAGGAGUUUUCCCCAUAGCGUUUCACGCAAAGGGGGAGAACAUUCGAGUUAUCUGUUUUUGCAAAUGAACUCUUCAAAUGCAAUUUCACUUUUUGUGGCAGUAAAUCUGAAUGUGAUGAUGUUCUAAACAAAGUGGUGUGUUUUAGUUCUGUCGUAUCACUUAAGUUUUUGGAACUCUAUCUUUUGAAAUCAUGCAAAAGAUUACGUAUCUUAGAAUCUUUAUAUCACAUUCCCGAACAAUUUCAGAGAGGAUUGCUUUCUUGCUAAAUCUCCAGGAGUUUUCUGAACUUGAGAGGCUUCUUGGAGUUGGGCCAAGGUCAGAUAAGCAAAACCUUUUAAAUGCACCAUGCAUCAAGAUGACGUUUGCGAUAUACAAAAGCCGCUUUCCUCUUCACUUAGUUUGAAUUGGCAUCUGGCUGUGAGUGACUGACUUUUCUUAAGUUCUUCUCUCAUUAUUGCUGCUGAGCGCUUGGAAAAACAACGAAAAGAAAACAGAACAAGAGGAGACAACAGUAUUCUCACGUAAGUUUGCCGUUAAGGUAAAAGAAAGUCAACAAAACACUAUAUUUACUAAAUCAUCAGAAGGAUUUGACUGAAUGAAAAUGCUGCUUAUCAUUGAAGCACUUCUCAUUUUAGCUGCUCUAGGACAGGAUCACAGAGCUGCUGCUGCUGUUGAAAACACAUUUCCAUUAGAUAUGGCACCAAAUUCUGUUGAUGACCAAUAUAAGGGCUGUGAAAAUGAAAUGGAAGACAAGGUGGAGAACUACUAUCUAGAGCAGGAAAGAUCUGCCUCAGCUGAAUUUAAUAAAGCUUGGCAAGAAGGUGAAGAGAAUGCCAAGAAAGCAGAAGGCAGCUUGACACAGAAUCAUUCAAUCGCUAUUUACGUGUACACUAACAAAGACUCUACAGUAUACAGUAAUUUCACUAGCGCCACUCGCACUGACAAACAGAAAUACGAAGAAGGUGCAUUCAAAUGGUAUUCACUUCACUUUCUGUUAACAGAAGCGAUACAGACUCUGAAGAAAACACAAAAUAGAUGCUAUGUAACUUAUCGUGGUACAAAUGUUAAAUUUGAUGUUCAGAGCAUAGAGGUUCGAUUGAGCUCGUUCUCAUCCUCCUCUCUUGAUCGUAAAGUAAUACAGGGAUUUGGAAAUGUAUCUUGUUUUGAAAUCUACACUUGUGAAGGUGCUGAUCUGACAAAAUAUUCAAAGUAUCCUGAGGAGAAAGAGGUACUGAUUCCUCCAUAUGAGACGUUUAUUGUCACUGAUGUCAAAAACAGGACAGAUCAGCCUGAUCUCUGGUGUGAAACUGUGUUUAUGCUAAACAGCACUGGAAAAAGUGAUCUGAGUUGUGCAUUGUUUAACAGUGGGAAUCAUGCUGCUUUUUGUAAUAUUUUACUCAUUUUGCAAAUAUUAGUUUGCAAAGUGUUUACCUGCUGAACGUCCUUUUUUUAUUUUACUUUUAUUUGUUUGUUUUUUUUUCUCAUCUGGUACAAAUAUGUGGUCUUGUUUCAUGAACUCUUUGUAUAUUUUUAGUGAAAUGGUACAGCAUGUUCUCUAAACAGCACACUGUAAAGCGACAGGCAUGUUGUAACAUGUCCAUGUGACGUGAUUUUAUA